AUGGGUCGGCAACCGAAGAUCGUCCCGCCUCGUCGUCCGAAUCCCCUCAGAGACAGAGAGAAGAGGGCUGAGAUCAGGGCGCCUACCAUUUUCACCCAGAAGGCGGCUGCAGUCGCCGCCGCCGCUGCAAAGUCAAAGCUGCGGAAGCGCGGCUGUCCAAACCCGACAUGUGAGGCUCCUAAUAUCGAGGAUGGCAUUUGCCAGGGCUGUGGCCGGGUUGUCGAUGAUUCCAAUAUCGUCGCCGAAGUUCAGUUCGGAGAGAGCAGCUCUGGUGCCGCUGUGGUCCAGGGAAGCUUCAUGGGUGCCGAUCAGGGCGCGGCCAAGAGUAUGGGCCCGGGCUUCCGGAGAGCAGGUGGCUCAGAGGAGGGACGAGAGGGAACCAUCCGUGAAGGAAGACGCAUCAUGCAGGCCAUGGCAAAUCAACUUCAAAUCCAAGAGACCAUUGUUGCUCAAGGCGUUCAAAUCUUCAAGCUGGCGGCUAUGCACAACUUCAUUCAAGGACGGCGGAUGGAGAUGGUCUGCGCUGUCUGUUUAUACAGUGCCUGCCGUCAAACGAAGCCAUGUAGAGUAAUGCUCAUUGAUUUUGCGGACAAGAUCCAGGUCAAUGUUUUUAAGUUGGGUCGCACCUUUAAGGCCCUCCAUCAUGCUGUUACAUUUGCGAGAAACGGCAUCUUUCCUGUUCUGCCUGAGGAUUUGAUCUGGCGGUUUGCUGCCAAGCUCGAAUUUGGCGAUCUUUGCGACAAGGUUGCUGAGGACGCUGUCAGAAUGGUCAAGCGUAUGAGUCUAGAUUGGAUGGUGAUGGGAAGAAGACCCUCAGGUGUUUGUGGCGCUUGUCUUAUUUUGGCAGCACGUAUGAACAAUUUCCGUCGCACUAUUACCGAGGUCGUUUAUGUCGUCAAAGUCACAACGCAUACGAUCCAAAAGCGGCUCGAUGAGUUUAAAUUGACUCCGAGCAGUGCUCUCACCGUUGACGAAUUCCUGAACAACGAGUUCCUGGAGUCGGCUCACGAUCCCCCAUCCUUCUACGAGAAGUCCGAGGACUUCCAGAAGAACAAGACGAAGAGAAAGCGCAAACGCAAGGGUGAAGAUGGUGCGGAGGGAGACGAUGAGGACGUAGAGGAUGCGGAGGCAGAUGGCUCACCAAACAAACGCCGAAAGUCUAACGACCAAGUACUUCCAUCGGUCGAGCUCCGGCGCGAUGCCGAUGGCUUCGCAAUCCCCGCAACGCCAGCCCUCUCUCACACGGUGUCCCAGUCUACCGAGUCCUCGGACACAAACCAGACCAAUGGGACACCUGAUAAUAUGAUCGACCCGGAUCUGGUCGAUGACGUGAUCCGAGAACAGACGGGCACUUCUAUGAACUUGCUCGUAGAGACGUUUGGUGAUGCGGUGGGUGGGGUGGGUCAGGACGAGGUCUCCGAUACUAGCCCUGCUAAAAAGGGCCGCGCAAAAGCAAUGAACGUUCGGGUUCCGGCAGAAUGGGAGAGAGACGAGAAUCAGAUGAUCGAGGAGGUUUCGGAGAUGGUUUCUGAUCCUAAUAGCGUCCAUCAUGCCAUAUCCUAUGCUCGGGCUACCAAACGUGCAGCUGAAUAUUUGCUGCUCGCUGAACAAAAUCAGAAAUUUGUCAGCAUGGAUGUCCAUAUUGGCGAGGAUGAGUUUGCGGAGGACCCCGAGGUUCAAAACUGCGUGCUCUCCCCUGAUGAUGUGGCAAGGAAGGAGAAGGUGUGGGUUAAUGAAAACAAGUCUUGGCUCCGACAGGAGCAGAUCAAGGCAUACAAGAGGAAGCUCGCUGAGAAUGGCCCGCCCAAGGCUCGGCGAAACAGGAAGAAGAAGCCACGGAUGGGAGAGGGGCAAUUGACUCCGGCGGCAUCACCGGCUGAUGCUGCGGUCGAAGUACUGAAAGCCAGAGCAUUCUCCAAGAAAAUUAACUAUGAUGCCAUCCGAGGCAUGUUUGACGAUCCCGACAUUCCACAGGCCAGCAACCUUACGAGUGCCGCGACCAGUCAAGUUGGAAGCCGUGCUGGGAGCGAGCUGGAGUCAGUGGCAUCUGUCACUCUGGGUGAGAAUGGCCUUGCUAUCACGGCUGGAACCGCGCAAAGCGAGAUGGGCGAUACCGUUGCCAGCACCGUGGACGAAGAGUCUGACGAGGAUGAUCUUGACCAUGUUCGUCCUGAUGAUGACACCAGAAAGGUCGUGGUUGAGGAAGAAGAAGAAGAAGAAGACGACUGGAAAGCCGCAUUUAAACGCAAGAGGGGCGACGAUGAAGAGGGCUUCGACGACGACGAAGAAGAGUAUCCCGACUUGGGAUACGGAGACGACGAGCCGAAUUUCGACGACGUUGGCGCCUUUGACGGGCCUGAGGAUUAUGAUGAAUAUUAG